AGAAAAUACCUCAAAGCUUGCCCCUUCUUAUAACCUCCUUUAGCAGAGUGAGCUUAGAAACCAUGGAGUUAGACUUGAAAGAAAUACAUGACUUUGCAGUCGGUGUGGCAGAAGCAGCUGGUAAAGUACUUCUCACACGAUCAAGUCUGGUCAAAAACAAGGCCAACUCCGUUGAUCUCGUCACUGAGGUGGAUGAAAAGGUAGAAGCGAUCAUCAAGAAAGAAAUUGCACUGAGAUAUCCCGAACACAACUUUCUCGGGGAAGAAACGUACUCUGCUGGGUCCCUGCGCGUAUAUGCCAUUGGCGACGAACCUACCUGGUGCGUUGAUCCCAUCGACGGCACUGUAAACUAUGUCCAUCUUUUCCCGAUGAUUUGCGUGUCAAUUGGGUUCACCUACCAAGGAAAGUCUGUCGUGGGCGCAAUUCAUGCUCCGUACCUCAACCAAACCUUUUCUGCCUACCAGGGCGGCGGUGCUUGGGUCAACCGGACUACCCGUUUACCGUACCAGAACCACCCCCUUGCCGCAGACGCUCCACGGGGCUGUGUAUUUGCAUGUGAGUGGGGCAAAGAUCGCAGAGACGAACCCAAUAGCAACCUCUCACGUAAGGUGGAUAGUUUUGUAAACAUGGCGACGGAGAUUGGUGGCAGAAAUGGAAUGGGGGGUAUGGUGCACGGUAUCAGAUCCCUAGGUAGCGCUGCUCUUGAUUUAUGCUACGUGGCGACCGGUGCCUUUGAUAUAUGGUGGGAAGGUGGCUGCUGGGAGUGGGAUGUAUGUGCGGGAGUUAUCAUAGUGCAAGAGGCGGGUGGGUUGGUCACCACUGCGAACCCCCCAGACAGCACAGAAAGCCCAGUUCCUGACGUAGGGUUGGGGUCGCGGUUAUACUUAGCGAUCCGACCAGCUGUUGCCACUGAGAGCGAAUCCAGUCGUGAUGCCCAGGAAAGAGUUGUGAGGGAGGUGUGGAAACGUGUCCGUGCGCUCGACUAUUCUAGGCCAACGGAAUGA